CUAACUCCGAGAUUCAAAGUCCACUUCUUUUUCUUCUGGUUAUUCUUUGACCAAAUAGCCCUUUUUCUUUUGCAUUUGUUCCACACACAUUUGACAUAACAUACAUGGCUCAAGAAACUCUGAAGAGAGGGUAAAACGGAGAAUAUUUUUAUGGCUACGUUUAUAAAACGUGUCAAAGUAACAUAAUUUAACUUUUCCCGUUGCAUAUAUAAGCCGUCAGUUAUCUCCCAAAGACAUCAGGGUUGCAGAUUGUAUUUUAUCUAUUUAGCAAAGUAAGAAAACGACAUGAAGAAAUCUGGAAUCCUCGCAGCUUCCAUCUCUGCGGCAACUUCCGCUACCACUGCCAUCUCAGCCACCACGAACACCACCGUAUCCUUGUCUUUUCCGGAAUCUAAGGAUUCAAAGGAGAAACAGAGAAAGAAGACGGGUUCUGAAGAAGGGGGAGAUGAGAAGUUUGCUCCAAGGUUUGAUGGGCUAAGAUUCAUUGAGACCCUUGUUACUGCUCACCGAUAGGCUAUAACCUUUUGCACUCUUCUGAUUUGACAAAGUUUGAUAUAGUUUCUACCAUUUAUCAAAAACAAUUAUUGAUUUUAAUGUUUAAGCUUUUUUUUUUUUAUUGUAACUUUGGGUUAAAUUGUAACACACCAUGUUUUGACAUGUUUAUACGAGAUUCAUUUGCCUUGGAGAUUAACUAAUUACAUUAGCUUAUUAGCUACCAAAACGUUGUCUAUGACUUGCUAGUAUUUUUCUGUGUAACGAAAUUUUC